AUGGAACCCUCGCAAGAAGAAUUAAGAAAAAAAAAAAUCACUAAUUUAGCACCAAGUCCUUUUCAACAGACUAAAUUUACUAGAACAAGCAGUAUUAGGUCAAUUAUUCAACUUUUUUCUCAGUUUAAUAAGGAAGAAUUAGUUGAAAAAAAUGAAAAA